AUGACGAGCUGUGUUCAAUUUCCUCACGGACACGCCCAGGAGGUGGCGCGCAGCCGCAGAUUUAACCCCGGUUGUUGCCUGUGUCACUGCAAGGGGUUGUUUAAACCAUCGAUGGUUGUUCUGCGGAUAAGAAAUGCGCACAAAAGGAAAUAUGCACUUCUGGUUCUGUGCAUUGCGGGACUCAUUAUGUACCGAUAUCUGGGCAUGCCAGUGGGGGGAUGGAGGAUGACCAAGAAUUUCGGCCUGAAUGCCAACUCCUCCCAGCUCACCCUGGAGGGAGAGCCCUUCCACAUCCUCGGGGGAUCCAUCCACUAUUUCCGUGUUCCUAGGGCGUACUGGAGGGAUCGGCUGUUGAAGAUGAAAGCCUGCGGCAUCAACACCCUCACCACGUAUGUGCCAUGGAGUCUGCAUCAGCCAGAGAGGGGGUGCUUCAACUUCAACAUGCAGUUGGAUUUAGAAGCCUAUAUCAGUCUUGCUGCAGAAUUAGGAUUGUGGGUGAUUUUACGUCCAGGGCCCUAUAUUUCCUCUGAGCUGGACCUAGGAGGUUUGCCAAGCUGGCUGCUUCGUGAUAACAACAUGAGACUGAGGACCACUUACCCAGGCUUCACUGACGCUGUCAACACAUUUUUUGACAAACUCAUACCAAAAGUUGUACCUCUGCAGUUUAAGAAAGGAGGCCCCAUUAUUGCUGUUCAGAUCGAAAAUGAGUAUGGAUCCUUUGCAAAGGAUGAGGGAUACAUGCUUUUUCUUAAAGAGGCUUUACAGUCUAGAGGGAUCAGCGAGCUCUUGCUCACAUCAGACCUGCACAACAAAUUAAGAUCAGGGGGUGUAAAUGGAGUCCUCAGAGCGAUAAAGCUGCAAAAGUUAAAUCAGAGAGACAUCCAAGAUCUGAACAUGAUCCAGCCCAACAGCCCUGCCAUUGUUAUGGACUACUGGACUGGAUGGUACGACAUGUGGGGUAACCUACACCAUGUUCUUCCCCCAGAGGACAUGGUGUCCACUGUGAGGGAGAUUCUGAGACGAGGCAUGUCAGUCAAUCUCUACAUGUUCCACGGAGGCUCCAGCUUUGGCUUCAUGAGCGGGGCCCUCACCGAUCCUUCCUACAAAUCAAUAGUCCCCAGCUAUGAUUAUGAUGCUCCCUUGUCUGAAGCUGGGGAGUAUACUUCGAAAUACCAUCUGCUUAGAGAUCUACUGUCCCAAUACAGCAGUAAGCUAAACACAAAUAUUACAAUAAAGGGUGGGAUUUGCUUGUUUGAUAUUUGCCAUCUCUGUGCAGGAGGUAGGAGUUUACCUGUCAUGCCAGCCCUGCACUACAAGACAGCUUAUGAAGCAGCAAUCAUGUACCAGCACCUGUCCUUAUGGGACGCUCUGAGCUUUACCGAGGCGCCAUUUAAGUCAUUCAAGCCAGUAAACAUGGAAAAUCUUCCUCUAAACAAUGGGAACGGCCAAUCCUAUGGAUACACCCUGUAUGAGACUGUCAUCACUAGCGGAGGAAGCCUGAAGUCUGGAGAUAACAUCCGUGAUCGUGCUCUAGUAUUUGUCGCGAGACGAUAUGUCGGCCUUUUUAAACGCCGGAGUGUAGAGCUGGCAGUGCCUGAUAGUAAGGGCCCACGUACCUUAAGUUUACUGGUGGAAAACUGUGGCCGGGUUCAUCAGGGUAGGGACCUUGACAAACAGCGUAAAGGCCUUGUGGGAGACAUUUUAUUAAACAAUAUCCCCUUGCGGGAUUUUACAAUAUACAGCUUGGAGAUGAAACCCAGCUUUAUUGAUAGUCUGUAUCAGGCACCGUGGAAGACUCUCUCUGAAGCUCCCAGUUUCCCCGGGUUUUUCAUGGGGAGGCUGUUUGCGUAUGGGUACCCAAGUGACACAUUUGUGAAACUUCCGGGUUGGGAAAAGGGCGUUGUGUUCAUAAAUGGCCUGAACCUGGGUCGGUACUGGUCCAUUGGCCCCCAGCAGACGCUUUACCUUCCAAGUCCCUUUCUCAACAGUGGAAUAAACCAGGUCAUUGUGUUUGAGGAGCAAGAGGGCGACUACAGGGUGCACUUUGAGAACACGCCUGACCUGGGCAUGGCAACUGACAUCCAGUGACAGCCGCAACCAUCUGGACACAUGGGCAUUGGUUUUUGCUUAUAGCACCAGGUCAAAUUCAGGAAUAUUAACUUUAUUAUAUGUAUCCUUUUCUAAUAGUGGUAUUUCUAAAAUAUCUAGAUCUAAUAAUACACAAACACAGCUAAUAAAUAGUCACAUAAACUCGUUAUUUACAGUGACUCACUGGGUUCAGAUUCCUACAGUGCAGUGAUCAUUGAGUUAGGUAAUGGUAGGUUUGCCAUGUUGUUAGGUUUGUAUUGCUUGUGUGAAUAGUCUCUAGAAUGUGUCAGGAAGUAAUUACUGAACUGAGAAACAUUGGCUGUGCAUCAAGUGUCGUGAACAGAUUUCAAUUGCAACAAGGUCACAGAGCGUGAGUGUAGGUGAGCGUGUUUGGACAUCGUCACCUCCAGGCCUCCAUUAAUUAAACUGUGUAGCCAACACAGCUUCUAGACUCAUUUCUUCAUAUGGAGUUGUCUCUCAUGAGCAUGGAUAAAGUGAAUAGUGCUAUUUACACCAAAACAAUAAUAAUAUUCUACACAAAAACCUUCACCUCACUCAUCAGGACCUUAACUAACUUGAUGACAGAUGACAGCACUGUCUCUUCUCCUAAAUAGUGCAGUAAUAUCACAUCAAGUGUAACAGGAGUCAAUGACUGUAACAGAGAAUGUUGUUACACCAUAAUAAAGGAUCGCUCAGUG